AUGGAUGCUGCUUCACCAAUACCUCCUCGCCGUCUGCUUGGUAUACUGAAUCUCCGAAUACAACUCCAAGUACUCCAGCAAAGACAUAUGGUCGUGCAAGCUUUACUUCUUCGUCGUCUACAAAGACAAAGAAGACAUAGAAGACGUUGGUGGGUCAAGCCAUGGAUUGAGAGGCGCAUGUUAUUUGGCCAGUAUGAAACAUUGAUGAGGGAGAUAGAGAGGGAAUGCCAGGGGGACUUUUUGAACUACAUGAGAAUGCCACCAGUCAUGUUUUACGAGCUACUACAGCGCAUUACUCCAAGAAUCCAGAAAAGUGAAUGUUACAGACGGCCACUAGAACCUGGACUAAAGCUGGCUAUUACCAUCAGGUAUAUAGUGACAGGAAACAGCUACAAGAACCUCCAGUAUUCCUUCCGUGUUGCGCACAACACCAUAUCAAUGUUCAUCCCAGAGGUGUGCCAGGCCAUCAUUGACGCGUAUGAAGACGAAGUGUUUGGUUUUCCAACUAACCCAGAUGAGUGGCGAGAAGUGGCACAGAAAUAUGGUGAAAGAUGGAAUUUCCACCACACAUGCGGAGCCCUGGAUGGAAAACAUGUUGCCAUAAGAAACAAACGUCGGUCUGGUACCCUCUACUACAACUACAAAGGGUUUUUCAGCAUCAUCCUCCUGGCCUUAGUCGACGCCGAUUACAAAUUUAUCUGGGCCGACGUUGGUACUCAGGGCUCCUCAUCAGACGCCCAGAUCUUCAACCAUGGCCCACUGAGAAAUGGACUGGAAAAUGACACUCUUGGCCUGCCAGAUCCAGAGCCCCUGCCACAUGAUGACAGGCCUAUCCCGUACUUUUUGGUAGGAGACGACGCAUUUCCCCUCAGGUCCUGGAUGAUGAAGCCCUACUCCAACCGCAACAUGACUAACGAAGAAAGGAUCUUCAACUAUCGUCUGUCCAGGGCUCGUCGUGUGGUGGAGAACACCUUUGGCAUCCUUGCACACCGCUGGAGAUGCAUGCCGGGUACGAUGCAGCAGGAUCCAGACUGA